AUGCCAUCGCUUCCAAAAUACCCAUUCCCUGUCUUGAAGACUUACUGGCCAUAUGCUGUCGGAGAGAUAUCAAGAUCACAAUCCCGUGGAGGAACGUCCACUUCAUUUCCGUCAAUGUCAACUAUGCUACCAGAAUUGAGAACAUUUUCUUUACUAACUAUCGAUAAUAUAGCCGGAGUCACAUACUACUUGAUCUACAAAGCUUCAAUUGCCUCAGCCAACUCGGACGAAUUCAUUAACGAUCCAAGAAACCCAAGAUUCAAGAAUGGUGGAAAAUUCAUUGACUUGAACAAGAAAGAAGAAGCUCAUUGA